AUGGGUUUGUGUCAUUCAGUAGAUAGGAAGGAACCAGGAGAAACAAGCACCACCGCAACGGAGACGGCGGAUGAUACACUAGGCUCCGGACGGUGGCGGCGGCCGAGAGGCUACAAGGGCGGCGGCGAAGGGACUCAACAGGUUUUGGAUCGGUUGAUCUCGAAUGGUUCAAGUAAAAGUGCAUGUCUUUACACACAACAAGGCAAGAAAGGAACCAAUCAAGACGCUAUGCUCGUUUUUGAGAACUUUUGUUCGAGAGAUGAUACUGUGUUUUGUGGUGUAUUCGAUGGACACGGACCAUUUGGUCAUAUGGUCGCCAAGAAAGUCCGAGAUACAUUGCCCUCCAAACUCUCAACACAGUUGAAAUUAGCAUCAGAGUCAGAACAAAGCGGCUUAGUGGAUGAAAAGGGUGUUCAGAUCAAAUGUACAGAGGAAGAAGAAGCUGUUACGACUAUGGAUGAGCAUUGGUGUGAGUUAAAUCCAAACGGUGAACAACUUCCCGAGAUGUAUCUGCCUCUUAAGCAAGCGUUGCUCAAGUCUUGUCAGCAGAUAGAUAAAGAGCUUAAAAUGCAUCCUACUAUUGAUUGUUUCUGCAGCGGAACAACUUCAGUCACUUUGAUCAAGCAGGGUGAGGACUUGGUGGUCGGAAACAUUGGUGACUCUAGAGCCGUUCUUGCCACAAGAGACCAAGACAAUGCUUUGGUCGCUGUUCAACUAACCAUAGACUUAAAACCGGAUCUACCAAGUGAAUCAGCGAGAAUCCAAAAAUGCAAAGGUAGAGUGUUUGCAUUGCAAGAUGAGCCUGAGGUAGCUCGUGUAUGGUUACCAGACAGUAACUCACCUGGUUUAGCAAUGGCUCGAGCUUUUGGUGACUUCUGUCUCAAAGAUUACGGUCUUAUCUCGGUCCCUGACAUCAACUACCGUCGCCUUACAGAAGCAGAUGAGUUCAUUAUUCUUGCUAGCGACGGGGUAUGGGAUGUGUUAUCGAACAAGGAAGCUGUAGACGUUGUUGCUUCAGCUCCUAGUCGAAGCACAGCAGCUAGAGCACUAGUGGACACAGCUGUUAGAUCAUGGAGAAUCAAGUAUCCAACUUCUAAGAACGAUGAUUGUACUGUAGUCUGCCUCUUUCUACAAGAUUCAAGUAAUGUAGUAAAGGAUUCACACAAAGAAGAGAGUGUGAGUAUCAGUAACAAGGAAGAGGAGGAGGAUGAGAUUGUUCAGGUUAAGGAGGAAAGUACUCCUAAGAGUUGUGGGAUUGAGUCGAAGAUGAUGACAAUGACACUUGCUGAAUGUAUUUCGGUUGCACAGGAUGAUGAAGAGUGGUCUGCUUUGGAAGGGUUGACUAGGGUUAAUAGUUUAUUGAGCAUUCCAAGGUUCUUCUCUGUAACAAUGGUGGCUGCAACAACUUUGAGGUUGCUCUUGAUAUGUCUUUCUUACAUGUUCACUGUCUUCUCAACGGUUUCAUCAGUCACUGACCCUCGUGAUGCGGCGGCUCUUCGUUCUUUGAUGGAUCAAUGGGACAACACACCACCUAGCUGGGGAGGCUCUGAUGAUCCUUGUGGAACUCCUUGGGAAGGUGUCUCCUGCAAUAGUUCAAGAAUCACUGCUUUGGGUUUGUCAACAAUGGGUCUCAAAGGAAGGCUUAGUGGAGACAUUGGAGAACUAUCUGAACUAAGAUCCUUGGACCUUUCUUUUAAUCCAGGACUCACAGGUUCGCUUACUUCCCGUUUAAGAGACCUGCAAAAGCUCAACAUUCUUAUUCUUGCUGGAUGUGGCUUCACUGGUAGCAUCCCAAGUGAGAUUGGUUAUCUCAAAGAUCUAUCUUUCUUGGCCUUGAACUCGAAUAACUUCACUGGUAAAAUUCCUGCGUCUCUAGGAAACCUAAGCAAAGUCUACUGGUUGGAUCUUGCGGAUAAUCAGUUGACAGGACCCAUUCCAAUAUCAUCAAACUCUAGUCCUGGUCUUGAUCUUCUGUUAAAAUGCAAACACUUUCACUUCAAUAAGAAUCAGCUCUCAGGCACUAUUCCACCAAAACUUUUCAGCUCUGAGAUGAUAUUGAUCCAUGUAUUAUUUGAUGGAAAUCAAUUCACAGGGAGCAUACCUUCCACUUUGGGGCUUGUUCAGACACUAGAGGUUCUGCGGCUUGACAGAAACACUCUGACCGGAAAAGUUCCUGAGAAUCUUAGCAAUCUCACAAACAUCAUUGAACUGAACUUAGCCCACAAUAAGCUGGUAGGAUCUUUACCAGAUUUAUCAGACAUGAAAUCUUUGAACUAUGUAGACCUGAGCAACAACUCAUUUGAUCCAUCAGAGUCUCCUCUCUGGUUCUCAACCUUACCUUCACUGACCACACUGGUGAUGGAGUAUGGAGCUCUUCAUGGACCACUGCCUAACAAGCUCUUUGAAUACCCACAGCUUCAGCAAGUGAAACUGAGAAAGAAUGCAUUCAAUGGAACACUGAGCUUGGGAGACACAGUAGGUCCACAGCUACAAUUAGUUGAUCUGCAAGAUAAUGACAUCUCCUCUGUAACACUCAGCUCUGGAUACACCAAUACACUAAUACUUGUAGGAAACCCUGUAUGCACAACAGCUCUCUCCAACACAAACUACUGCCAGAUUCAGCAGAAACAAGCCAAAAGAAUAUACUCGACCAGUCUUGCAAACUGUGGAGGAAAAUCUUGUCCAUUAGACCAAAAGGUCAGCCCUCAGAGCUGUGAAUGCGCCUACCCUUAUGAAGGCACACUCUACUUCAGAGGGCCUAUGUUCAGAGACCUGACCAAUGCAAACACAUACCAUUCACUAGAGAUGAGCUUGUGGGUGAAGCUAGGACUCACUCCAGGCUCAGUCUCUUUACAAAACCCUUUCUUCAACAAUGAUGAUUAUCUCCAGAUACAGUUGGAACUUUUCCCAUCUAUGGGGAAGUAUUUCAACAGAAGUGAAGUACAGAGAAUUGGAUUUGACUUGAGUAACCAAACUUACAAACCUCCUCCACUUUUUGGACCUUACUACUUCAUUGCAUCUCCCUACACUUUCCCAGCUGAAGGAAAUGGACACUCCUUGAGCUCUAGGAUGGUCACUGGGAUAAUAACUGGUUGCAGCGCUUUGGUUCUGUGCCUUGUAGCCUUAGGGAUAUAUGCAUUUUGGCAGAAGAGACGUGCAGAGCAAGCUAUAGGUUUGAGUAGACCGUUUGUUUCAUGGGCAUCAAGUGGGAAAGACAGUGGUGGCGCGCCGCAGCUGAAAGGAGCUAGAUGGUUCUCCUAUGAAGAACUCAAGAAGAUCACUAACAACUUCUCCAUGAGCAGCGAGUUGGGUUCUGGAGGUUAUGGUAAAGUGUAUAAAGGAAUGCUCUCAGAUGGGCAGAUGGUGGCUAUCAAAAGAGCACAACAAGGAUCAACACAAGGAGGUCACGAGUUCAAAACAGAGAUUGAGUUGCUUUCUAGAGUUCAUCACAAGAACCUAGUUGGUCUUAUUGGGUUUUGUUUCGAACAAGGCGAGCAGAUUUUGGUCUAUGAGUUCAUGUCAAACGGAUCAUUAAAAGAUAGCUUAACAGGACGAUCAGGUAUUGCCCUUGACUGGAAAAGGAGGCUGAGAGUAGCUCUAGGAUCAGCAAGAGGACUAGCUUACCUACACGAACUAGCGGAUCCUCCCAUCAUCCACAGGGAUGUGAAAUCAACCAACAUUCUUUUGGAUGAGAAUCUCACUGCCAAGGUUGCUGACUUUGGUUUGUCUAAGCUUGUUUCUGAUUGCACCAAAGGACAUGUCUCAACCCAAGUCAAAGGCACAUUGGGAUACUUGGAUCCAGAAUACUACACAACACAGAAACUUACUGAGAAGAGCGACGUGUACAGCUUCGGCGUAGUGUUACUAGAAUUGAUCACAGCAAAACAACCUAUAGAGAAAGGCAAGUACAUUGUCCGAGAGAUCAAGCUCGUAAUGAACAAGAACGACGAGGAGUUCUACGGACUGAGAGACAAGAUGGACCGUUCCUUGAGAGACUCCGGAGCUUUGCCAGAACUCGGACGUUACAUGGAGUUAGCGUUAAAAUGCGUUGAUGAGAUGGCGGCUGAGAGGCCAACGAUGAGUGAAGUAGUGAAGGAGAUUGAGAUUAUUAUACAGAACAGUGGAGCGAGCACUAGUAGCUCCUCUGCUUCAGCUUCGUCUUCGGCAACUGAUUUUGGAGGCGUGAAAGGUGGAGAUAAGGUUUUGUAUGGAGAGAAUCUGAGGAAGAAAGAAGCAAGAGAGGGAGAAGGAGCUUUUGACUAUAGUGGUGGUUACUCUGUUAUGACAAAAGUUGAGCCAAAGUAAUGAUGAACAAAAUACCUCUUUGAGUUUUUCUUUAGUCACACCCAAAAGUGAUAACGAACUAAGUAUUAAAUAGAGUUAUCAAAGCUUGUUAAUUCCCUUUUCUCAAAAAGAUAUUAUUAAUGGAUCAUUCUUACCAA